AUGCUAGAAUUAGAAAUAAUGGAAUCAAAUAAUGAAUUAUGUCCAUUAAAGAUUCCUCAGCACAACAAUCUAAAUGCUCAAGAACAAAUAACAAUUCGCCAUGAUCUAAAAUAUGCAGGAGCUGAUAUAACAAUGGUUCGAGGAUCAGUCCUAAACGCUGUCAUUAGACAAUCCGUGAUUUAUCAAAAUUUAGCACCGUUGGUUGUAGGUCCUACUGCUAUGAUCACUUCAAAUGUUCCUGAACAUGAGAACCCAAGUUUG